AGAGGAACCGGUAGACAGCAGGUAGCAAGUAGAAACUAACCGUUGGACUUGAAAAAUUUGAAAAGUUGCCAAAAAUAGGUACAAUCAAACGGCUGAGAUAAUCUGGUCUACCGGCAACGGGUCCCAAUAAGCUCUCAUCAUAGGGUUUCAAUCUCAAACAUUUGAAUUAACCCACCCACCCACCCCUAUAUUCUUCAAAUCUUGCUGAAUUCAUUACACAAUUCUUUUCUUGGAAUGCUGCGAAGCUCAUUUCAAACAUCAGGUACGAUCUCUUACAUCUUUGGGGGUGACACAUAAUGAAUUUGGAAAGACAUAUUGGAGAGAAGUGUAGACCUUUAGAUGUUGGAUUAUCCAGAUUUGCCUUUGUCUCAAGCAACCAUGGAAAGUGAUGAAACAAGCAAGUGUCCUUCAGAUGACACCAGUAGUCUGCAAAGUGUUCGGCCUUUGCAUGGGAGGACGAGUGGUCCUAAGAGACGUUCCAGACAAUGGAUUCCCGAGGAGGAUGAAAUCUUGCGCCAAGCAGUCCAACAGUUUAAGGGGAAAAGCUGGAAAAAGAUUGCGGAAUGUUUUAAGGACCGGACAGAUGUGCAAUGCCUGCACAGGUGGCAGAAAGUUCUUGAUCCCGAACUUGUCAAAGGUUCAUGGUCUAAAGAGGAGGAUGAUAAACUAAUUGAAUUAGUGAGCAGAUUUGGCCCCAAAAAAUGGUCCACCAUUGCACAAGAGUUAGCAGGACGUAUUGGAAAGCAAUGUCGGGAAAGAUGGCACAAUCACCUGAAUCCUGCAAUAAAGAAAGAAGCUUGGACACAAGAGGAGGAAUUGACUCUAAUUCGUGCCCACCAAGCUUAUGGAAACAAGUGGGCAGAGUUAUCAAAAUAUUUGCCUGGAAGGUCAGACAAUGCAAUAAAAAAUCACUGGAAUAGUUCAGUCAAAAAGAAACUGGAAUCAUAUUUGGCAUCAGGUUUACUUGUACAGUUCCCUGCUCUGCCUAAUGUCAACCAUCAGAACCAAUCAAACCCUUCUUCGUCUAUGAAGUUGCAACAAAAUAGUGAAGAUGAAAGUGUUCACAAAGAAGGAACAGAAGCGGAGGAAUUUACGGAAUGCAGUCAAGGUUCGACCCUUGCUGGUUGUUCCCAGUCUACAAGUGACUGGGGAAAUACAUUUGUGCAUAUAAGAGAGAAUGGUGGGAUGUCGGAGGAAUCAAUUCGUGAAAAGGACGCAAGCUCCAGCGGGGCACCAUGGCCUAGGGACUAUACCCCAGCUUUUCAAGAUGCUUCUUGUUCAAUGCCAAAAGUUCCCAGUGAACUUGCGGAUUCCAAGUUCCAUGAGCAUAAGUUCUCAUAUGACUGGGUCAAUUCCAUAGGAGAAGAUUGGCAGUUUAAUAGGGAUGACAUAUCUAAUAUUUCUCUUCCGGAGUUUAUUCAGGAAUCCUCAGGACAUUACAUGCACUGUUUAAAUGGCAAUGAGAACCGUGAUGUGGUAACCUAUCCAUUGCAAACGGCAAUGGAAUCUGGAGCAACUUUUAACGUAGGAAACGUGGUUGAGGAUCCAUAUAAACCCAAUGAAAUGUUUGAUGUUUGCAGGAUCGUAUAUCCAGAGGCAGGAAUUCCUCAAUGCUCUCCGUCCGAAACUGGGGUUAAUGGCAGUGGUGAACCUGCAGAUUCGUCAAUUUACCAAUCAUCAAACUAUCAGAUCCCUGAAGCAGGAAAUAUGGCUCCACAAAACUGCAAUGCUUUAUGUUUUGAUGAUUUUGAAGCUUCAUUCCAUCAGCGAUUUUCUGUUCCUUCGCAAUUUUCUUCUGAGGAUACAUCACUUGUAUUUGGUAUUGCUUCGGAUCAGUUCCAUUAUCCUCUACUUGAAAACCCAGUUCAAGAGUCCUUCACCAGUAGAUGUGAUGGUUUUAUAUGUCCAAGUGAGUUUGGUGGCACCCCUUCCAAUGAAAAUGGCAUAGAGAAUGAGGUCAUGAAAGAUGAACCUGAUCAUACAAAAGAUUCCUCAAGGCUAGAAGAACAGAAAGAUGGAGGAGCUUUAUGCUAUGAGCCUCCUCGCUUACCCAGCUUGGAUGUCCCCUUCAUGUGUUGUGAUAUUAAACAAUCUGGUUCAGUUACACAGCAAGAGUACAGCCCUUUUGGCAUCCGCCAAAUGAUGAUGUCUUCUGCAAACUGUCUUACUCCAUUAAGGUUGUGGGACUCACCAUCAAGAGAUGAUAGUCCAGAUGCUAUCUUGAAAAGUGCUGCCAAAACUUUCACUGGGACACCUUCUAUAUUAAAGAAGCGACACCGUCAUUUGGUGUCGCCUUUGUCAGAACAGAGAUCUGGGAAAAAGCUUGAAACUGAUCUCAAUAUGUUUGAGGAGUCAGCAAAUGAAAAAGUGUCUACUGAAGACAAAGAAAAUCUACGUCCAUCCUCAGAAGAUGGAAGAAAGGACGAAGGUGAUGAAGUAACUGGACUUUCAUGCAAUGGAAAUUCAGGGAGACAAUUAGAUGGUGGUGGUGCUCCCUACCAUAAAGAGCUCCAUAGUGAAAGAAAUGGAGCCAAUAAUGCAACAGGAAAGGUAAAACAACCUCCUGGAGUUCUGGUUGAGCUUCGCUCAAAUGGCAUGCUUUUCUCUCCUGAUCGUAUCUUGAUCAAGUGUGAUAGUGCUACAAGUCUAAGUAAUAAAGCUUUAGGUAACCAGUAUGCUAGACGACUUGAAGCUGCAUCAAAUCAAAUUACUGCUUCAUCCUCCUUUGAGACUUCAUGCUUGUCUGUUGUUUGCUCUCCUGACAUACUUGGGAAGCAUAGAAGCACAAUGCAAUCUACUACGUCAACUGCAUUGGAGAAUACAGCUGAAAAUUCUGAAAAUGGAUUUGGUGCUGAGACUUCAAACAUAUUUGGAGAGACACCUUUUAAAAGGAGUAUUGAAUCUCCUUCAGCAUGGAAAUCUCCAUGGUUCAUGAAUUCGUUUCUGUCUAGCCCAAGAUAUGAUACAGAACUUGCAUUUGAGGAUCUUCUUUUUAUGAGUCCGGGUGACAGAAGCUAUGAUGCUAUUGGGUUAAUGAAGCAAUUAAGUGAGCAAACUGCACCUUCAAUUGCUGAUGCCCGUCAGAUCUUGGGAAGUGAAACUCCAGAAACAAUCCUGUCGGAAAGGAAUUCCAAGAAACAGAAAGCAGAUGAAAAUUGUGCCCAGGCUUCAAAUGCUAUGAGUGAGAGACGCACACUUGAUUUCAGUGAAUGCGGAACGCCGGGAAAGGGAAAAGAGACUACCAAAAUUGGAAGCAACAGCUUUUCCAGUCCUUCCUCCUACCUGUUGAAGUGCUGCAGAUAGAAAGUCCUUUUAGGAUAGAAGGUUUUCUUCCCUCAAAGGCACUUGUUUGUCGGAACAUAUAGAUUCUAUUCAUUCAUUAAAUGUAUGCUUCAUUCCCCUUUGCUAAAUGCGGAACCCAAUAGUACAUUCCUUCUUUUCUGAGCUUCAUUUUGCAGGAAGCAUGGUAGUGUUAAAAAGGGGGAGAAUAGAAAGCUGUGUAGAUUCUUUUUUUGAAGUAGUAAGUUUGAAGAAACUUUCUGUAGGUUGGGUGAGGUUAUGAGCAUUUGUACUUCACUUAUUGGACAAAGUGGACUAGAUUGACUAAA